AUGGACAGAUCGGUGUAUGAGGCGUGCAGCGACCUCGUGGAGCAGUUCGGACACAAGGUCAGUGCAGACGAGAUACUGGCGCAGAAGGUCAGCAACUUGGUUCCCAUCCCGUUCAAGUCGCGCGAAGAUCUCGAAUUAGCCGCGCUGGGUGACAAAAAAGAGGGCAUCUACUCCGGGGAACUCGCACCGCGGAUCGACCUCAAGGUGCUGCACUACUACGCGACGCAGCUCAUAGUGCAGAAGUACCCGCAUCUGAUCAACUGCUUCGACGAGACCGCGCUUCUGACACUCGGCCUGCUAGUGGAGAAGUGGGUCGAGGACUAUUUACGAGCGCAAAGCGACGAGUUGCGCACGAACCCGGCAAGGCUCAUCGCCAAGAAGACCGAUUACCGCAAAUCGCCGUCCGACAUCUGA